UCCGACAGCUGAACAAGUCCUAAGACCCACCGAGCGACUGCAGGGCGAGGCGCUUAGCGAAGUUGUCCAGCUCCUGGUCGCUCCUCAUCCUCAUUGGCAUCCUCAUCCUCCUCGUCUCCUGGAAGCUGAAGCCUUGAGAGGUCAUGGCAGGCAUCGCUCUCCUCCUCAGAUCCCUCCUCCUGAUGCUCGGAGGGAUGAUUCUCCUCAGCGGCAUCCCUGCUCAGAGGAUCCGAGUUCGUCGUCAGAACAUGAAGGUUCGGAUCAAUGCCACCGGCGACACCAUCGUCAUGAAGUUCGUGCGUCCGAGUCCGGACGUGAAGCUGGAGGGCUACAUCCUGGGUUACGGCAGCAGCAUGUUCUCCAAGCAGUUCAUCCAGCUGCCCGAGAACGGCCAGCCCUACGAGGCCGAGAUGGAUGCAGAGCCCAAGUACCUGGUGGCGGUCCAGCCGAUCCCAGCCAACACUGUGAAGAAACACUGCACAGGUAAGGUGAACCUAGAGAAGCCGCUCCACCUGGUGAUCGGCUCCGUCAGCCCCACGGCAGUGCUGCUGUCCUGGGGAAACCACCUAAAGACGCCGUAUGAAGGGAACAUCAUGAGCGAGUGUCUGGAGGACGGGUUUUACACCAUCCGCUACAGGGAGAGGAACAGGAAGUGGAUCUACCAGACCUGCCCAACCAGCGACACCGUCAUCGAUAACCUGAAACCCAACACGCCGUACGAGUUUGGCGUCCGCUCCAACAAGGACGACCGCAGCGGCAUGUGGAGCAAACCGGUCACCCACAACACCAACAUGGGCAGUAAAAAUGCUCAGAAACUCUACAAGAUGGGGAAUCCGCUCGUGAAGCCGGUGAAACCUCAUGCAUUCUUCCCUCCUCGUCCUGCUCUGCACAACGGCACGAGGUCCCGAAUCACAGCUGUGCUGAAUAACCCUGGCUUCCCCGGAUCCCCGCGCACCUCCUUUGCGUCCCCUGACAGCCAGCAGGAAACCGUCCCUCUGCCCAGCUCCGCGGAGCCCACACUUCCCCACGGCUCGCUGGAAAAAGGAAACAGUGUUAGAAACAACAGCACCCGGCCGGCGGACGCUCUGACUGCUGCCCUCCCCCGACUCCUGCCCACCACCGCCCCUCGCGCCAACAUUUCUGCCUCCCCCCUCACUAAGUUACCCUCCGGUGGUGACUCGCUUCAUGGGCAGACUACUAAGGCGCCCACUAGUGCACCCGAGAAGCCUCAUAACCCUGCGGCUGUCGUCAAAUCGCAGGAUGGCUCAUCGUUGCUGAGAUCAGCUUUGGCCAAUGAGAGGGCCAAAACUAACACCUGGGGUCAAGGCAACAAAAGAAAUCUGAGCCCAUUGUUGCCUUUGCAGCCCUAUGGCCCAGGAGCUUCCAUGGCGGUUGGAUCCAUGAGGCCUGCAUCAAGAAACCCCCAUUUUCCCUCUAACGGCUUCAGACAGCCCCACUUUUCUUCUAGAUCCUCCCCAACCUCCGGGAUACUCGGGGUAAACGGACAGCCACACCGGGGCAUUUCCCUGCCCAAACCGGCUUUAUGGUCCAGACCUCGACUGGUCAACAACUCACUGCUGGAGAACAAGAAGUCUAACCUUCCCAACAUCUUUGGCCGUUCAGGUCCGACUGGAGAGGAACGGCUUCAUGGAUCUCCUGCUCGUCCAUCCAUCAACAAGAAGCCAAACCAGGUGGGAAAACCAGGAGAAACAGACAAGGUGACCACCUUCAAACAAAAUGACAAGCUGCAGAUCCUGAAAAGCAAACUCCCGGCCGCGACCACCAAGCCAACCAAACAGGAGCGGAAACAGACCACGACUGCUGCUCCGACCACUGCCGCAACUCGCCAGGAGUCCUGGGAGGAGUCGGACCUCUUUAAGUCCCAGCCGACCUCUGACAUUGACGCCAUGGGGAAGAAACGUUACAUCGCACCUCACGUCAUCUACCAGACGGGCAAGAAGCCGGAUGAGCCGUGCUCCAUCACCUCCUCCCUCAACUACUUCCCUGAAGACGAACCCGGAGAGACAAACGUGACAUCUGCCCCCAAGAAUGCGCCGUCCAACCUCACCGUGGUGACAGUGGAGGGAUGUCCGUCCUUCAUCAUCCUGGACUGGGAGAAAACUGACAAUGACACCACCGAGUACGAAGUCAUUUCCACGGCUAAAGGCCCAGAUGGAGAACAGGUUUCCAUCCUGACCACCAACCAGACCCACACCGCUGUGGAGAACCUUAAACCUGAGAGCAGCUAUGAAUUCAAGGUGAAGCCAAAGAACGACCAUGGUGCAGGUCCGCCCAGCGAACCGGUUUCCUUCAACACAGAGUCAUCGGACCCUCGAGUGAGCGAGAACGUUUCAGGAAAAGACGCCAUCUGGACGCAGUUCCCCUUCAAAACGGACUCGUACUCCGACUGCCAUGGAAAACAGUACGUCAAGAGGACCUGGUACCGCAAGUUUGUGGGGGUCCAGCUGUGCAACUCGCUCAGGUACAAGAUCUACCUGAGCGACUCGCUCAACGGUAAAUUCCACAACAUUGGAGAUCAGAGCGGCUUCGGAGAGGACCACUGUCAGUUCGUGGACUCGUUCCUCGAUGGCCGAACCGGCCGGCAGCUCAGAGCCGACCAGCUCCCCUCCAGAACCGGUUUCUACAGAGCUCUGCGUCAGGAGCCCGUCCACUUCGGACAGAUAGGAGGACAUUCCCACGUCAACUACGUCUCCUGGUACGAAUGUGGAACACCCAUCCCCGGCAAAUGGUAGACAGAGUCUGCCUCUCAGUCCAUUUCGUAAAAACCCUAGACGGGAAGGGUCGCCUCGGCUGGGAUGGCGACGGCAGCGAGGGGUUGAAUCCAGCCGGACCUCCAAGCCGCUCAACUCCCCCGUGUAACCCAGUGCUGUAAAAACAUGUAGAGGACAUACUCAUCAGGGAAGUGUACGGAGAGAGCAUUUCAGAUAUAACAAACAUGCCUCUUCUCUGCUAUUUAUCAAGCAACAAGGCUGCAGUGAUGUUAGAACAGGACGUUUGCUUAAAGUCACGUUAGAUAUAUUUUAUUUUGUGUUAAAAUGAUGGGAAGCUGGCUCCCUGGAUUACUAUUUUCAUAACUUGUGAGAUGUUAUUUAUCAAAAGAUGUUAGAUUACGUUUCUUCAUGGGGCCACAGGUGAGAAGUCACAUGGGUGUGGGGGGUUGGGACGCGAGUUUCUUUUUUAGUUAGUCAUUGUUUUCAUUCGAGCUCCUCUAUGUUGGUGACAAUAACUGUAAAAUACAGCAUGACUUAAACAAUGGUGUCGGAAAUGGCAAAAAUGUUGGCUGCAAAACUUCAGUUUUAAUAAGGUGACGAGUUCACACGUCAGGAUCUUCUUCAACUAACAGUUAUUACAGAUGAGUUAUUUCCAGACCGUUGAAAUAGUGACUUUACUGAUCCGUAACUAUGCAGCCUCACUCUAAAUGUUUACCAUGCAGGCCUGAGUGUUUUGGUGCUCAGAUCGAUGUUUUUAGUGAUGCUUUUGCCUUAAACUCGACAGCUAGAAGUGGACACAUCAGAUGUGUUCAUCGAACGCCAAGCUUCAGUGGAAGCUCUUCUACACUUGCAAUUUGCACAGCAGAAAUGUAUUUAUGUGUAUAUGUAGAGAAUGUUUUCAGUACAUUUUUGCAGAUGCAUUUCUCUCAGAACACAGUCUGCUUCUACUUCUACUUGCUUCAUGCUAAUGCAGGAUGGGAAGCUAACAAUGCAGCCUGCUACCACGUCAUAAACAGACAUUUAUGUUUUUAUCCUGUUAGUACUUUCAUAAAGAUUUAGCAAAUAAUAAUUUAGUCCUCAGCUUCAUUGCUAACUGUCUCACUAAAUAGCCUCGAUUCAUGAACUCCCACCUUUCUCUCAGGAAACUUAAUGUUAAAAAAUCUGUUUUUGCUUACAUGUUUUUUUAUGUUUUAUUAGUCAAAAUCUAUUUGUAAGAGAAGGAAAACCCUUUAAAACCCCAUUUGUGACUCUCAACUAAACGAAGGCUAGCUGUGUAACCGACAGUCAAACUUUUUUCUAAGACUAUAUAUAAUCAUAGAAUCACAGCAGUUGGAGAAUCAUAUGUAGUUUCCUUGUCACAUACAGAAUGUGUUUUACACGCACACACACACACACACACACACAUAUAUGGAUGUAUGUAUUAGGGAUGGGUCUCAACAGACCUAAAGUUAAAAUGUCUUUUAAGUACUUUAACUGAAGCUCCGCCUGUUCUCUGAUUAAAGCUUGUUACAUACUCUGCGAGAUGCGAGAACUUUGUUCUUGCUCUCAAGGCCUUAAGAACAAGAAGAGUUUGUCUUGGUCCGGUUCUUUCAUACUCCACGGGAAGCUUCGUCUGUGACAGCGUGGGGAUUACUUCAGGGGGGAUGUGAGUGACUCAGCAGGUAUGACUCAGCUAAAUUACUGUUCCUAGCUAGCACACUAAUGCUUUCCAACAGAUCUCAUAUAGUGCUUGCGGCUGCUGUUAAUUUCCUGUCCUGUAAGAACUGUGGAGGGUGACGUAGUCCGCUUUGAAGCGGUGUGUCGUGGUUUCAUAAUAAAGCGAUGCGGGGCGUUUCCUCAUGCGUCUAUAUGUCCUGCUGGAACGCUGCUUCCGGACCAUAAAACCGUGUAAUGUGUCUUUCCCUUUCAGCCUCAGCCUUGAUGGUACUCGCAUAUGAAGCCCUUUAUUAUAAAGCAGGGAGCAUUUAAAACACAGGAAAGCUUUGUAAGAAAAUAAGAAUGUAUUGCUGUUGAUGAUUUUCUACAUAUGUUUCUGUUUUGAUUUUUCAACAAUAAAGAAGUUUUUAUUCCUUUUU